AUGGGAUUUUUGUAUUAUUUGCUUAAGGAUGUCAGCGAGAAACAGCCUUACAGUGUGGGCAAAACAAUGCUAAAAGAUUUUGUUGAGACCGAAUUAAAGCCUAAAUUAUCCACCGGGCGUAAGGGUUUUGAGGUCAUUGAGCAGGUGGCGGGGAAGGUGCGGGAGUAUAAUGAGAGUGUGAAGCAUAGUAACGAUGAUGUGAAAAAUCCCGUCGAUGUUUUACUAAGCUUUGUAAGCGACACAAAAAGUGGUAAGUGGUUUGAUAGGGUUCAUAAAAUUCAGGUAGAUAACGCCGAUGAGCAAGCAGUGAACAAGGCCGUGCAGUCUGUCAACAGCGAGUUGGCGGAUUGUAAAUAUCACGUUGAUAAAUUUAUAAUAGACACUUAUAACGCACGUAAUAGCAUUGCAGAUCUAAACAGCAACUGUAACAAUAAUGUUAAUAGAGCUAAAAAUAACAUUACGCAUGAACGCAAACGGUUGAUUGAGCUGUCGGAUGAGGAGCAAAGAAAAUACGUGGUUAUGGCGAAACAUAUAGGAAAAAUUAUCAAUAGUCUCAGAAGAAGUGUCAAUAUGGUGAUUACAUCGCAGGUAUCCGAUUUGGUCGAACAGCUGAAAAAUAUGGUUAAUGAAAUUAGAGGCAAACUUUUGGAUGUUCAUAAGACGCUUAAUACGUGUAUUAAUACACUGAGCCAAUGGAUUGAUGACGCGCUGAGAAUUAUAACGGCGGCGGAGGAUAGAAUAAAGAAUGACAUAUUGCCGAGAGUUAAAGAUAAACAUGAAAAGAAUGCUGGUGAAGAUACGACUAUAACGCAGAAAGUUAACGAGUUAAAAAAAAGAAGCGAGAAAUUGUUAGAUGCGUACAAGGAGUCGUAUAAUGGCCUGAAGGAGUUGAAGAAAAAUAUCAAUAGAGCGGUUGAUGCAGUCGAACAGCUCUACACUAAACGGCUGGAAACGGUGAAAGAGCAAGUGGACAGACUGGUUGAAAGUACUGGUAGACAUCUUGGCACUGUAGAUGGACAUGUAAAACGGGGGUUAUGGCAGGUGAGGAACAACAUUAAACUACACUUCGACACGUUUGUUGAUGAGUUAGGACGUAAAAUUGUGGAUGCUUCCAGACAGUCGACGGAUGCUUACAAUACCAGUUCUCGUUAUAUGUUUUUAAAAAAUAAUUUGAAAAUUGUUGGAUUUGAAGGAUUGAAUGCAGUACUUGAGGAUGCCGAUACAGUAAACCGUGAUUUCGCUAAAGCUAUGGAUAAUGUAUUGUAUUAUAUCAAUCAAGCACAUAUAUCUAGAGGGAAACUCAAUGGAGAAUAUUACCUACAGAAGCUUGGUGAAGGUUUAAAGGAUGCAAUACAUAAGCAGUUUAAGAAGGUGGUAGUUGGAGAAGAGGAAGAAGAUAUAGAUCUUAAAACACUUAACAAGGAUUAUUACAACGAAACUGUGAAAGAUGCCGAAGUAGCACACGACAAACUUAGAGGCAUGAUUCAAGCUUUUAAAGGGCCAGUUGAAAAAGACGGUUUCACUGGUAAUGCAGCAUCAGCAAGAUUUGUCGCUAAGGAUAUGCCGGGUUACCGAACAGGCACAAUAGGCACGCCAAAAGGUAAAAAAGAUGAGUACGACAUCGCCUUAAACAAUGUUGACACCGCGCUUAAAGCAUUCGAGACUGAAGGCUGUGUCGAUCAUAUUGAAGGCGAAGAAGCCGACAUUCAACAAAAGAAAGAUGAACUUGGUGGCUUCGUCACCGAAAUCACUAACGAACUAAAUGACAUUGGAGUUUUAAUUGACAGCACCUCAGGUGUGGUAGUGAACAGACAGAUGAUGUCUGCAGAUCCACAAGGCCUCAAGCAGAAGUUCAUUGACUUGAGAAGUAAAAUCGGCAGAACCAUCGGUGUUGAAACAGUCAGGAUAGGCACUCUUCAGAAAAUUCAUGACGAUAUGACUACUUUAAGAGACGGAUUAGUGGGCUCAGCGCUCACUAACGCUAUUAGCUUCAUCAAUGAAGACGCUGAUGCAUUAAGAGAAAAAAAAAUUACUGAACUUCAUGGUACUGUCAAUCAUGAAGCCGAAAUGGCUACUAAACUCCUCACCACUCUUGCGCGGAAACAAUACGUCUCCUCCGUCAAGCAGCUCCUCACCGCGUUUGCGGACAAGGUAAGCCAGGAGUUGGCGGGGUUGCCGGGGGAGAUUGAUGAGGAUUUGAGGAUCGGGUUCAAGGGGUUGAUGAGGGUGAUGGGAGGUAUGGAUAGUGUAACUGGUGAGCCCGUUGAAGGCUCUAGAAGUGCAAGUUUGCUCGACAAAAUAAAUACAGCUGUAUCGUCUCAUGGACCAGGUACGGCCAUGAAGGUCACUUUCGAAAAAUUGUCUUCAACAUUCAAGGACUAUUUUACUCCGAUUCACACGUAUGUUACUGAUCAAAUUAAUCAUGAGACUGCCUCUGAACCCGAGGCCAUCAGAGCUAUUACAUCCGCCAACCGUGAGCACCUCGCCGAUGUCAACACUAAAUUCAACAAAUUACUCGAACACCUAAAAACUAUCAAUAGUGGCAGAAUAUACAUAUCUGAUCACAAAUUCGUUGGUUUGCGUGAAGACUUUAAGUCCUCCCUCGCCUCCCUCCAACCCUCCGCCUUCGCCAACCCCCGGCACCCGGAGCUGCUCGAUGCGGUCAGACAGGGGCUGCAGGGGUUUGUCACGGAGAUGGAGCGGGUGUAUGUGAACGGGUAUGAUGGUAGAACAAUUAAGUGGAUUGAAAAUGAUGGUAAAGAAGAUAAAUUAACGGUUCACGGAAAAAAUGGCGCCAAAGCGUUUCUUAGCAUACUCGAGAUACUGAGCAGUAACAUUUUUCAUUUGGGAGAGCGGUGUAAAAGUGCGCAGUUUCAAACAAUAUUUGCAUCACAUGAGAAACAUAAAAAUGUUCUCGGUGAUUUCCUCAGCGGCAAUGGGUACCAGGUUUCCAAAUCAUAUAAUUCCCAUGAAGGUGAGCUGAAGAAUGAGACCAAGUGCACUGGUACGUACAUUUAUAAAGAACUAUUCAACAGUGAGAUAAGAAAUUUGAAAAAUGUUGAACAGGUUAAAGAGUGGAAGAAAGAGAUGAAAAGGAAGAAUAUGUUUACUCAUCCUCGUGAUAAUGAUGAUAGCAAGAUUACUCUCUUUGAUAUUACUGAUUAUUUAUACGAAUAUUUAGAAAAGUACAACGACGUAUGCCAUCUGUCAACGCUAACUUCGAGGACACACCCGUGCUCCGUAUACGAGAUGUUGGUUUGGCUUUCAGGACUACCGCACAGUCCUGUCCAUAAACCUAAGCUAGACCUAACUAUCCUCAACGUGAUAGCAGACAUCAACAAACAUGAGAAAGAUGCUGCUGACAAGGAGGACGUUGAAAUAACGGUCGAAAUGGGUGACUCCCCUACUUUCUCACUUGCUACACCCAAAGACACAACCGUGACUGCCUAUCCGAAAAACGUAUUGUAUGAUGACCUAAGAGGCGCGAUAACGCACAUCUGCGCCACAGCUUAUGACGUGUUGGUUACUAUUGCCGGCCACGGGGACGAAUUCAACAUCUAUGCAAGCGAUUUCUCAAACAACUCCAUGAAGUUCCACUAUCCAUCAACAGGGGAAGACUGUCUCGACAUGUUACUUGACAUACUUCGCAGGAUAUUACCAACAUUAAGCUUCCUGAAAAGCCAAUGUAAGCUUGAAGCUGAACAACACGGUUGGCAAUCUUGCAAGUACGGCAAAAAUAUUCCUACCAUCAAGUCGCAUUGUGGCAAGCAACCAGAAACAGAACCAACGUGCAAACCAAAAUGCGAGACAAAUUGCCAACCAACGUCGCCACUAAUGAGCUAUUUGAAUGAUUGUCUACCUGGUCAUUUGCCGCAUCACCUUACAAAAAUCGGUUGCAAAUAUGAAUGCAACACUUGCCCCUCAACUUCAAAGAAGGGUAUGCCUUGCCUCACACCUCUUGGUUUUAGAGGAUUCUCAGGAUCCACCCGAAUGGGUAAGGAUAUAUGUGACGUACUGGAUGCCUUCCUAAGUAAUGAGCAUAUAUCGUGUAUAUUUGCUCUGAUGCCUAUGCCGCCCAAAACAUUGCCCGAACAUUUAGGAUUUGCAUUGUCGCUAGUUAAGGAAUGGGUGAAUACUACUAAACUGACAAAAGGUGGAAGAACUACGUUCCCAUUCCAGUCCACAUUUGAGUCAUCCAUAGACAAGCUAUCCAUUAGGCUGUGUCCUUCACCUUCUUUUCUUACCAAUGCCUUGGCAAGUGCAUAUGGUUCAGAAUCUGGUGUGCAUCAAUAUUGCAAAGAUCAUCAUGUUAGAAGUCUGGCAAGCCAGCUCAUCUGUAUAAACGAAAGCAAGAACGUCAAAUGCGCGCCUUAUCUCACAAAUCUCAGCUGCGACUCCUACAAUUACCUAGCAUACAAUCAUACUGACACGUACGUUUCCUGGGCUGCAUACCUCCCGUGGAAUUUCUGGGAUUGUCUCAACAACCUAUACAAAGAUUUUUGUGAUAUUCUUUGCCAAGAAUGGGGUUGUCAAAAAUGCCUCCGCGCCGACAAAUGCAAACGUGGACAGCAUGGUCUCAAAGAUGAGAAAACUGAAAUUCCUCAUUGUCGCUGCCCUUCUAUAGUCGGCUGCAAAGGCGUCACACCUACAUUCUAUAAGUAUGGAUUAGCAAUUGGUAAUGCGUCGGUGUUAAACAAAGUAGACAAUGAAAAAACAUGCUACGAUUUUUGCACUCAAUUAAGUAAAGUUCUAAAAUCGCAAUAUUUCACCGAACUGUUCGACAAAUGCGACGACUUCCUCUUCACCAUCCGCGCCCCCUUCAUCUGGCUCAACGUAGCCCUCUGGCUCCUCUCUUUCCUAUACCUCAUCCACAUCAUGGUCGUCCGCCUCGACCUCCUCCACAUCAAAUCGCACUUACAUAGUCCCUCAUCUCAUCGUAUUGCUGCUCAAUCACUACUCGCCGCUGCACGCGUUAACAAACUGGGCAGGGUGUUUUAUCUGCAACCAUAA